AGUGUUGCGAAGUGGUUCACAGCCUCACUAGAGCAAGGAGAACGUACAGAAUUUGAAAACCCCUGCAAUAUCUGCGGCUCUGUCAGCUCAUUUGAAGUCCAGGGAGAGAGAGGACUUUAGUGUUUUCUCGUGACAGGACAGAGGGGUGUUUCGCCAUUUUAAAAGAUCCACUGUGAAUAAUCACAGUCCAUUAUGUCAAAGAAUUUCAAAAGUGGACCAUCCUUCGGACUUUCUGCCGAGGUCAAAAGUAAAUUGGCCCAGAAGUAUGACCCGCAGAAGGAGGAGGAGCUCAGGCUGUGGAUCCAGGAUGUGACAGGCAAAAAGAUUGCUGAUCCUUUCAUGGAGAACUUGAAGGAUGGAGUCAUCUUGUGCGAACUUAUCAACACACUUCAGCCAGGCUCUGUGAAAAAGAUCAACACAUCCCCUCAAAACUGGCACCAGCUGGAAAACAUUGGCAACUUUAUCCGAGCCAUCACAAAUUAUGGGAUGAAGCCACAUGACCUGUUUGAGGCCAAUGAUCUAUUUGAGAAUACCAACCAUACCCAGGUCCAGAGCACGCUGAUCACCCUGGCAGGAAUGGCCCAGUCCAAUGGUUUUCACUCCAAGUAUAACAUGGGAGUGAAGUAUGCAACAGCGCAGCAUCGGCGUUUCUCCCCAGAGAAGUUGAAGGAAGGGCGUAAUGUUAUCGGCCUGCAGAUGGGCACCAACAAGCUUGCCAGCCAAAAGGGCAUGACAUCCUACGGCACUCGGCGUCAUCUGUACGACCCGAAGGGGGGCUUGGAGAACCCUCUGGACCAGUCCACUAUCAGCCUCCAGAUGGGCACCAACAAGGGUGCCAACCAGUCUGGUAUGACGGCCCCAGGUACCAGGAGGCAUAUCUAUGACAAGAGUCUGGGCUUGGAGGAUUGCGACACCUCCACCGUCUCACUGCAGAUGGGCACCAACAAGAUGGCAUCCCAAACGGGCAUGACCACCUAUGGCCUCCCUCGACAGGUCUAUGACAACAAGUACUGCUCCCACCCCAAUGAAUUUGUCAACAACGGGGAGGGGGAGUUUGAUGGCACUAUGUACUAUGACUAAAGAGAACAGGAUAACACCAGUCCCCUGCUCUCAACAACCCUCCACCGGCAAGACCCCCCCCCAAAACUGUUUUUCAUCAUCCUCAUGUCAUCCUCAUCCCUCACUGCAUUUUUUUUCUGAUCAACCAUUAAAAUAAUGUUGUCCUUUAUUCUUUGAGGGGAUGCAUGCCUGGAUCUGGUUCUAUCUCCUUUAAAAUACUUUAAAUUAGUGGCCCAAACCCUUGUCCCCCUGACCAGUAUCCAACUUUCCAAUGGACAUUCUUUUAUUUUUUUCCUGAUUUGGUGAAAAGAAAUUCUUUGAAAUACUAGUAAGAAAUUCCUAAAACCCAUUCCUGAAACAUUUCCUAAUGUUAUGCCCUUUUUUAAAUAUUUAAUCUGAGAUUUUCAGCUGUAGAUCCCACCUCAUCCAGCUUGAAGAUUGAUACAACAGUAAAUCGUUUCUUGAAUGGAAAGAAGAAGUGACCGACUUGGUGCUGUUAACCUUAUACCCCAGAAGGAUCAGAGUCCAUUUGGACUAUAAGAGGCUCUGGGAUUUAAUCCCUAUGGAUGACAGUGAGCCCAAAGAAUCUGACUUUUAGUCUUCCAGGAGGACACAGGAACUAGUAGCUUUGCACGGAUGUAUUCCUUAUGGCUUGUGCCUGUGUUUGUGCCGUUGUGCUGUGCUGACUUUCCUGCUCUUGCUCACAGGCCUGCCCACCAGCUACUUAAUACCACAGAUGAACUGUGUGCAACAUGUUUCUUAUUAUUGUUUUAAAUCUGCAGAAGAUUGAAAGUGAAUUCAGUAGGGAUCUUAUUGGUAGACCACUUCCAUAACCUCCAAAGGUAAUAGUGCAAAACCAACAGACCAAAAGACUUCUCAUAACUCUUCUCACAUUGUAUCUUAUUUGUAAGCAGUGUGGUUGACCUUUGAGCCAUUGUGCCAGGUAUGUUAAUUUGGGUGUUAUGUAGGGCAUUUAGCAUUUCAGACAAGUUGGUACCCCCCUAAAGUCUCCAUGGCACAUAGCUUUAAUAUAUUGGCACUAUUUUACUUUGCAUCUCCAAGAUUUGCACAUGGCUAGAAUUGCUAAUGACAAGAGAAGUGGGGAUAUAAGAAAGUUGAUUGAAAGUCACUACUGCACACUGUUGUACAUGAAGGUAACUGUCUAAUUAACAUCCACCAGGGGCUCUAUUAAAUUUGUAUCGCCGACAUUCCACACUAAAGCCCAUUUGAAAUGUAGGCAAUGUACUUGCAUUGGCAAAGACUGCAUUCACAGUAUAUACACUGUAUUUUGGCUAAAUCUGAAGUUAUCUUCACAUUUCUAUUGCAGAAUCCAUCAUAUUUCAGUGAUACACAUUAAACAGAGCCCACUGCAUAAUGCAGCAGACCAUGUAUCUUUAACUACAUGAUAUGGUACACCCACCACAGAUCCUGAAUGUAAUGUGGUUAUGACCACUGCUAAAUGGCAUUGUCAUUCCAUGGAAAAAGUGUUUCUACCACCAGAUACAAAUUAGUGAAUUAAGUCUGCAACAUUUCUGUGCUCGGGAGAAUGUUGCCCAACUGCUGCUAUGGUUUAAACCUGAAAUAUGUGUGAACUUGAAAGAAAUCCUUGAAAAGCAGAUACACUUCCUGUGUUGCACCUGGACUCUUUCACAGAUCUCUAUGCUUUGCAUGCUCAGAUAAUACGCAUUUUCACCAGUAAGCUGAAUGACUUUGUGAUGUCUCUAAAAAGCCUGCUGACCUUGUGGCUCUCCAGCAUUAGAAACCUUGAAUUCUAGACUAUCAGGCAUACGUUCAAUUUGAUAAGGGUCCUGACAUUAGUUACUGGGCAGUAUUUUGGUAUGUUUUAAAUAGAUUUUAUUAUGUGGAUAUACAAUAUUUAAGCUCUGCUGAGGAUCCAAUCUCUGUGGAAUUUAUAGUGAUUAUUUAUCAAGCUUUUGAAAGCUUAGUACUUUAAAAUGCAUAUUUUUUAAAGUUGAACCCAUAAUCAUCUGCGAAGUCAGAUGUGUCCACGUUGCAUUUUUUCCUCCAUUAGUGUGUCCUGCAGGGGCUCUGUUCAAUUUGUAUGGAAGAAGCGUUAAGGCUUGUGCCCUGGAAAUGAGAAGGUAUUUUACAAUAAUUGAACCAACUUUUCAUUGAGGUCUUCACUCACACUUGGUCAUUGCCUUUACAUUUCUAUCACACUAUACCAAUUUACUUCCGCAAUACAAAUUAGAAAAGCCCCGAUUUUAUGUUUUCUCCAUGUAUCAUUUGGAGAGAACAGAAAGAGUGCAUUCCAUGGAUGACAAAAGGCAUUUUAUUCAACAUCAACUUAUACUGUCCAAUAGCUAUGUACAAAUUAAAUUUUUUUGAGUCUCUGAAUCAUAUUUGAUGUUUAGAAUGAAAGCUAACAAUUCCUAAACACAAUAUAGGUGGAAACAUUACCCUUUGGUCAAAAAAAGAUUUCAUUGUUGCUCAGACAAUCAUUUGUUUAGUCAUCUAAAACAUCUUGUAUUUGGCUUUCAAUUAAAGGAAAAUAUGUGCAAUAAAAUAAAACACAUACAAAAUAAAAGUA